GGCCGCAGCAGAGAGCCGGGGCUGAGGGGCACAGCGCUGCUCGGCCGGCGGAGCGGCGCCAUGCGGCGGUGUCGGGGCGCGGGGCUGGCGGCGCUGGCCGCGCUGCUGCUCGUGGCUUCAGGCAGAGCCCGGGUGCAUCAGGAGCCAUUCCUGGAGACCAUCGAGGGCACCGGCAUCGCAAUCAACUGCUCACACCCAAGCAUACAGAUACUGGAAUUAACGUAUUUCUAUCGUCAGUUCCCGGGCCAAAGCCCCGAAUUGCUCACAUACGCUGGUGGAAAGUCCAAGGAUUCCAAGGAUGUUCCGGCCAUUGCAGGAAAGCUGUGGGUGUCGGGAGAUCGGCGCUGGAGCGCGCUGUGGCUCGGGCGGCCCCGGCGCGGGGACGCGGCCGUGUAUUACUGCGCUAAAUAUCUCAGAUCUGGCUUAAAAGUGACCUUUGGAAGUGGGACAGAGCUGAGAGUGAAACCAGAAGUUACUCCAUCUCCCUCAGUCUACAGGCUGACCUCUAAAGAUGACCAGAAUCUGGAAAUGUGCCUUAUCACAGAUUACUCCCCUGAAAAGCUCGCUCUUAACUCAGCUGAGCAGCACACAUCUGCUGUCGUGGAGGUGGAAAGUGCAGAGAGCAGCAAGGAAUCCAGCUACCUGUCCACCUACUGGGCCAAGAGGGAUGAGCUGCACUGCGGUGCCAGGCACGAGGGCUUUGGAGAGCUGGAGGGCGAGGACCCUGAGAGUGGUGCCAGUGCUGUCUGUGUCACAGGGCUGUCCCCACACUUCAGGACAGAUGAACGCUUGAACACACUGUCUUUAUCACAGCUGGGCCUCAAAAUAGUUUUAAUGAAAGCAGUACUUUUUAAUGUGCUGAUGACGAUGCUUAUGUGGAAGAAGAAAAAGGACUGAAAGAAGUGGUGCAGUCCUGAAGUACCAAAACCAUCAGAGAGCAUCGUGAGAUAUUCCUUGUGCAGGGGACGCCAUUGCUGUUCUUAUAAACCACACCAGCCAUUAUAUUCUAAAUUGUUUUAUUUGCAUUGCUUUAAAACUACUCAAAAGGAAACAUUUCCAGCAUUUUGCCCUCCUGGGUCAUUCACCAUACAGAGCCUCUUCUGCAUGAAGCAGACUUUGCUAUAAUCACACACUGCCAAGCAUCACUGUUACUUACAUUAAAAUGAUGACUUCUGCCUGCAGCAAUGCAGUUUGUUAAAAACUGCAAACUAAAUAUCACCUGAAUGGGAUUUUUUCCCAUUUUGGUAGCUUUAAGGUAUUCAUGUCUCUUAAAAACCUUUUCAGGUGCAAAUGAAACACUUUGAAAAGCAAAGGGAGACUGACUCAGGAUACACUGUCCUGCCAGGCUUUUCUAGAUCAAAGCAAAAUAUCCCUUUUUUUCCCCUAAAGGAAGAGCUGCAGGUCUCCCAGAAGUCCCAAAUUCAGUGAAAUUAUCACUUCAA